GUAAAGGGGGCUCACUUCCGCCCUGACUCUGUUGAUCUCGUGUGUACCUUGACGCCUCUGUGUGAAUCGAGGUCUGCAGAAAGAUAACGGCUCGUGCCAGUCCAGAAACAAAAAACCGCCGAUCUCCGUCUUUGAUGUGCAUAUGUCGUUUAAAGCCUGUGGUCGCGUUUGUGUAGCUGUCAGCGUUGAUCCGAGGCCCGACCCGUACCGCCUCUCGUCCGUAUUCGCUAAUGGGAGCUCAGUAGCUAGCUAACUUGACGAUGAUGAUGAUGAUGCAUCAGUGGAAUAAUCCCGGUGUCUCUGACUGAGAUGGAGCCAGCGACGCUCAAGUGGAGUUGCUUGCUAGCUAGCUAGCGAGCUAACGGUGCCCGCCGGGGUUCAGUGUGCGCGAGCAGCCCCUGGAUAACGUUAGCUAAAUGGGUGCUGCUGCAGUUUCAUCGCACACGGUUUGCUGUAACGUUACCAGACAUUACCGCCCCUGUCCCCUGAUUUGAGAGAGGCUCACCAUGUCAACUAGCAAACGAUGCUAACUUAACCGUUAAGGUUAGCCACACGUGACACAGUUUAUCUCGCUCCAACAAUUAGCUACAUCUCUGGCCGUCCUUGGAUGCUUCAGUGACAUUAACUGGGUGAGUAACCACACUUUUACAAUAACACAGGGUCGGGCUAUUUUCUGGAAGGGGCACACACGGGUAUUGCGCUUUGCACCAGCCACUAGACACCCGAGUUAACGUUUGGUAUUUAACGUUAAAUAUAUAAAUUAGCAGCUAACGUCACCUCGGUUGUGUGUGUCGGUGUGUUUUGCAAUGUUAUAGCCAGCGGGUUGUCAUUACAUAUUUUCUAACAUCUGUUCCAGUUAUGCUAACUCAGCCUGCUGCUAGCUAGCAUGUCAUAAAGUCGUCGACCACGUCCCGUGCGACUGGUCCUUUUAUGGUCCUGUCUUUGCAUGCACUAGUGUAAAGGCAGGGCAGCUAGCUAGCAGGGAUUCACCAAAAACAAACAGCCACACUGAGGAGUACACCGUCUUUAUUAAUAAUUAGAGGACAGUGUCCGCGACGUGUGUGUUACAUUUAUAUUCCGUGAAAUAGCCUCACCCUCAACCGGUUAGCGGCAGACUCUCUCCUCUCUCCUCUGUGUGUGUGUGUGUGUGUGUGUGUGUGCUGUAACACCGGGUUAUUUGCGGAUUUGCGUCCUGCUCAGAGCACAUCAGUUUGUUUACAGUAAGGAUAACGCUGUGUGCACACAUGACUCCUCUUUUGUCAAACAAGCCGAGCCGAGAUGCUAACUGCUGCUGCUGGUGCCGCCGCUGCUGCUGCUGUUGUCUCUCUGUUACAGACGGUGUUUAUCAGGAUGGCACAGCUCUUGGACGGGGCCGGCAAACUGUGCUGGAUUCUGCUCAAGUCUGUGCUCCGCUUCGUCUUCAUGUUCUUCAACAACUGUGUAGCCAUCCCAUCCUACUGCUUAUACCUGGUGCUGCUGCAGCCCGUGAGAAUAUGGGACAGCUCCACUUUCUGGCACAUCGAGGGAGUCAUGUUCAAAUGGUUGCUGGCCAUGGUGUCUUCGUGGGGCUGGAUCGCAGGUUAUACAGUAACGGAGUGGGGUGACGAUGUACGGCCCAUCUCUGAAGAAGAAGCGAUGGUCAUCGUCAACCACCAAUCCACAGGAGAUGUGUGCACCCUCAUGAUGUGCCUGCAGGACAAGGGCAUGGUGGUACAAAAAAUGAUGUGGUUGAUGGACCAUGUGUUCAAAUACACCAACUUUGGCCUAGUGUCCCUGAUCCACGGGGACUUCUUCAUCAGACAGGGUAAAGCUCACCGAGACAAGCAGCUGAUCUACCUGAAAGAUCACCUAGACAAAUACUACCACAGCCGCGACAGGAAGUGGAUAGUGCUGUUCCCGGAAGGCGGCUUCCUGCGCAAGAGGCGGGAAACCAGCCAGUUGUUUGCAAAGAAGCAUUCACUCCCCCACCUGACCCACGUCACAUUGCCUCGUCUCGGGGCCACCCACGUUAUCCUGAAAACCCUGUCAGCCCAGCAGGAGAACGGCAGUGUGGGCGGUGACACUGGGACCCCAAACCAGACGGGUAAUAAACGUAAAGGCCUGCAGUGGGUAAUAGAUGUGACCAUAGCUUACCCCAAAGCCAAACCCAUGGACAUCCAGACCUGGAUCUUUGGCUACAGGCCUCCCACAGUCACACAUGUUCACUACAGGAUGUAUCCAAUAAAAGAGGUUCCUGUGGAGGCAGAGGCACUGACUGACUGGCUGUAUCAGAGGUUCGUGGAGAAGGAAGAGUUGCUGACCCACUUCUAUGACACAGGAUCAUUCCCCGCUCAAGACGGACAGAAGGAGGCAGUGUCCCGGCAGAUGACCCUCGACCCAGUGUGGCUGUGCUUUAUCCAGACAUUUGCUUUCGCCUCCGGCUACAUGUGGUACAGUGUCCUCCAGUACCUCUACUGCUGUUUAUUUUGAGCGCGCUGACGAGGCGAGCGUCUGUAUCGGACCACUGGAAAAGCCUCAGGAUCAGUUGGUGUGUGGCCCAGCGUCAUACUUGCCCCCCCCCUACGAUGGAUGAAUGUACAUUUGCAACAGUGGAGAGACUAAACAACAGGAAACUAAAAAGAAAAAAAACAUAUGAGAAACACACAAACACACAGACGACAAAUACAGAUACAAUAUGAAACUGGUCACAGGCAUAGUUAACUGCACACAACCCUAACACCACACACUCGCUCCAGCGGCCUAGCAGAAUAAUCUCUCACACUCGUCACGACUCACAUUUUGAUGUUUACACGUCCUCAUACAUGUAGACGCUCACAUGUACAUUACUUUUUAUUCAAAGUGAACGAAAUGAGGCUCAGGACUCCUCCAGAGGACGCUCUGGACCGGACUCUCUCUUCCCCUCCUAGGCUUUAGCCGUAGUAGUUUUACAGAGUAUAAAGUACGUAUGGACGUGUGUGUGAGUGAAUAUAUGUGACUAGAAGCAUAAUGUCUGCCCUUAAUCUUCUUCCUGGCGAGAGUUGAUGAAGCCCACUGGACCUCUCUUUUCAGCCCGCUGACUCGCCGGCCGGCCACACCUUCCAGAGCGAGCGGCCAUAUGAACGUUGAGGCCGCGCCGCCGGCUGCUCCUCUGGCCUUCAUUGCACUAAGGAUCCAUACUGCCCUAACUGCUCCCUGUCCCAGGAAAUAUUCCUGCGUGGUAGCUGUCAAUGUUUUAAUUUCUUUUUGUUUUUCUUCCCCUUAAACCUGCAUAUCUCCACGACAACGGCCAUUGUAUUUGUUGUUAAUGUCUUUUUGUUGACUUUUUGUUUCCGCCUGUCUGUCGAGGCAGUAUUCUGAGCUCACUGAGAAAAAAGGGGGAUCAUGUUUACACUGGCGGCCCUGCUGAAAGCCUAAAGGGAAGGCGGCUAUGAUGCGGCGCUCGAUUUAAGGAUUCGGUGUCAGACGUUGAGGAGAUGGUGCCGUUAUUUUAAAUAAAGGAAAAGGGGCACGCAGGGCGAGAAUUGCAGUCUGAUCACCUUAAAAAAAAGUUCCUCUUUGUGGAUUCACCCUCUGCUCUCUAACAUGCAUACACACACUUACACACACACACGUGCACACACAGCCAUGUGCAGCUACACACAGCAGAGUGUCUCGAAAAGGAUCAUCUCAGCAAGCCAGACUGAGAAGGAAGGCAGAGACUCUUCUUCCCCCAUCGGACUACAUAGUUUUACAAAUAUUUAAGCCAUAUGCUUAGUGUCGUCGGGCGGGAAACAGACAUGGGGGGGAACAUGGUUUUUAUAGGAAGCUACCCUAAUGUUCAGCAUUCUAAAAUAGAGAUUUUGGCUUACAGAACUAUAGGUGUCAUUACUGUAAAUUUACAGCAUAACCUGCCUAAGUGAGUGUGUGUGGUUGUCUCUCCCCCACCCCUCCCCAUUUUUGAUAUAUAUGAUUCAUGUCGUGUUGCUCUGUGACGUCAGAGUGUGGCGGCAAAAAAUUUCACCUCGAGUGGUCGAAUUUGAGUUCAUUUUAAACCACAUGAAACUGUCGUCCUCAUGUCAUGGUAUGUUUAAAUCUUGUACAUAACAAAGCUGAGGAAGAGUUUUCAUUGUUGGAAAUGACGGCAGUGUUUUUGGUCCGUGAUGAUUUCAGAGGAUUUUAGUUUGAAACAUGAAUGUUUUUUUUUUUGUUUUGUUUUGUUUUUUAAUUUAAGAAGAAAGCAAGGGUCGUCCCCUUCACUUCUCAGUGUUAACCCUGUUUAGUUUUUUUUUUUUUUUUGUUGUUGUUGUUUUGACCAGGAAAUUGUUUUGUGAGCUACUGUACGUCCGUGUGCUGGCUGACGCAACGUUUGCACAGUGACACAUGGGCCCAAACUUGUACCAUUGUACAGUUUAAAAUCAUCAGGAUCUUGUGGGAAAAACCUCGACAAUCAAGCCUUACCUGAUGUCCUGGUGGACCACAAUCCCAAAUAAUGCUGUUUCCUCACACCCCCCUCUUAACCAACUUUUGUUUUUAAGAUGGUUUCACGGUGUCAAGUGAGGAAAGGAUCACUUUUCACUACGGAGGGAAACUGGCAGGGCCCUGUAAUGACGCAGCUGUUCUCUCUCUCUCGAAUGUACUUGUGUUGUGGUUUUAAGGUCAAUUAUAUGUAAUUUGCUUAGCCUGCUUUAAUUAGGGGAAUUCAAGAGGAGCAGCAAUUAUCAUUGUCAUAAAACGAAUGCGUUAAAGGUGCAUUUUAGUAGUUUACAGCCCUCUCCGUGUGCCACUGUCAGUAGAAACUGUGUGUGUAACGCAACAACAAAAAAAAGGGCUACCUUACUGGGUAGGUAAAAAGUUUUAAACCAGGCUGUAAAUGUGAUUCAUCCAGCGGCCCUAUCAGAUUCCCCUCCAUCGUGAGAGUGACUUGAAAUAAAGCUUCAUCUUUUUUUUUUUUUUUUUUUUUUUUUUAUUUCACCUUUUUUUUUUUUUUUUUUUUAAAUUUCUGACCAUGUUUCCAAAGAAGGCAGGGAAAUACUGUUUUCCUAGAUGUGGUUUUAGGAAAUAAACUCAAUAGGGAUUUAAACAAAUUAUACUAGAGCUGUCUGUAAUUUUCCAUUUUGUACUUCUCCUUUAAUUCCUAGCUACACAGCCAUUUUACAACACAAAAGACUUGUGCUGGAAUAAAACAUCAUAAAGAUCGUAA